GUUGAUAAAGAUCUAUCCAAUCAAGAUGUACGCUUACAUGAACAAAUUAACAACGAACAAUUCGAUAAGCCAAAAACAGUUGAUAGCGAAAAUGGAAAGCAUGAAAAAGAUAAAAAAGAUUCAGAAAAAAGGAUAUCUGAUCAACUCGAUCUUAAUGAUCCUGAGACACUUAAGUUCUAUGACCAAGUAAUCAUUUUCCGUGACGAUAAAACCC